AUGUCGGAGGAUCACGAAAAGGUGGGAACACCCGAUCGGGCUACCACGGGCACCCCGACCGAGAAUCCUUCAUCCGAAUCAGCAAAGCAAGAGGCCGAGGAUGAGUCGCAGUACCCCCACGGGCUGAAGCUCGCCGUCAUCAUCCUAUCAAACAUGAUUGCCAUGUUCCUCGUCGCACUAGACCGCACAAUCAUCACAACGGCGAUCCCACGCAUCACAGACGACUUCAAGUCGCUCGGCGAUAUCAGCUGGUACGCCAGCGCCUAUCUCAUCACAAGCUCAGCUACGCAACUGCUAUGGGGUCGCGUCUUCACCUUUUACUCGACAAAAGUCGUGUACCUCGUCGCCAUAUUCUUCUUUGAGCUCGGCUCUCUUCUAUGCGGCGUCGCGCCCAACUCGGUGGCCUUCAUCAUCGGCCGGGCCAUCGCCGGAGCGGGAUCUGCGGGCAUAUACUCGGGCUCGACCAUUCUUAUCACGACCGUCACGCCUCUUUCCAAGCGUGCGGGUUAUGUCGGCAUGAUGGGUGCCGUGUUUGGGAUCGCCUCAGUGAUUGCGCCACUCAUCGGAGGAGCAUUUACCGAUCGCGUCACCUGGAGAUGGUGCUUUUACAUCAAUCUUCCUGUGGGAGGAGCGGCUGUAGCCGCCCUGCUUUUCCUCUUCCCGAGCUUCGCUUCAAAGGAACCCACACCGAUCAAGCAGCAGAUCAAGCAACUCGACCCUUUUGGUAAUCUUGUCUUCCUUCCUGGCGUCAUAUGCUUGAUUUUGGCGCUGCAAUGGGGCGGAGAAAAGUACCCAUGGAACGAGGGCCGCAUCAUCGCCCUCCUCGUUCUUGCCGGUGUACUUCUCAUCAUCUUUGUUGGCAUUCAAGUCUGGCAGCAGGAGAACGCCACCGUACCCCCUCGCCUGUUCAAGCUGCGGAAUGUCUGGCUUGGCACCAUCUUUGCAUUCUGUCUUGGAGCGGUGCUCAUCAUUUUCCUGGUUGCCUUGCCGAUCUGGUUCCAGGGCAUUCGCGGCACAGAUGCCGUCACGUCUGGCAUCGACACCCUUCCUCUCGUUCUGUCUCUCGUCUUUGGCGCCAUCGUAUCAGGAGGCGUUAUCAAUGGCAUUGGCUGGUUCAACCCAGUAUUUUUCUCAUCUGUCAUCUUCAUGGCCGUCGGCGGCGGUCUCAUCUCCACCUUUGUCGUGGACACCCCAACACGCACCUGGAUUGGAUACCAGAUUAUUCUUGGACUGGGCAUCGGUCAAGGCAUGCAACUGGCUAGCCUGGGAGCCCAAGUGGCCCUCGCGCAGAAAGAUGUCCCUAUUGGCGUGUCGCUCAUGUUCUUCGCUCAGUCCCUCGGUGGCUCUGUCCUGGUCUGCGUUGCCCAAGCCGUCUUCAACAACGAGCUGAGGUCAAGACUUGGCGCCUUCUCGGGUCUGGACGUCGAUCGGGUAAUUGGUGCUGGCGCUACUCAGCUGCGCAACUUCCUCCCUCCUGAUAUCCUUGGAAACGUCUUGGUCGAAUACAAUGCGGCACUACGGAGCUAUUUCUAUGUAGGACUUGCGGCUGCUUGCUUCGCAAUACUCCCCGCAUUGGGAGUCGAAUGGAAGAAUGUCAAGGGAAAGGAAUUUGUACAUUAG